AUGCUUCAAGACACAGCCACAACAAUCAAUGCAGUCCCACGCCAGCCGACAAACGAAAGCUUCAUCCCUAUUGGUCAUAUUUCACUAGAUUCUCAGAACCCCGAUGCAGGGCAUCUUGAGCUUGACCUGCCGCCCAGAAACGUCUUCUGGAUAAAGUCAUUUUAUGUUAGGCAAUCCAUCCAGGGCCAGGGAAUCGGGCGAGCUGCAUUGGAUGAGGUCGAAGCCAUGGCAAUCCGAGAGCCACUACUAGCCAAGAUUCUGAUGCUAGACACGGUUCAAAAAGACGACCAGAAGAGAGAAGAAUUUGCGAUUGCAACAUAUGGUGGCAUUCCAAAGACUACGAACGAGGAAUGUGCUUCCAGCCCAGGCUCAGGCUCACUGGCAAAUGGACGUUUCUUCGCGCCUUUGGAACCACCCUCAGCUCUUCCUGGAUAUCUGGGCUCGACAAGCUACUCUGCGGUUCUGACGGAGCACCGCAGUGAUAUUUCGUUCGAGCCUGAAGAUGGUACAGAUCCCUCUGCGGGGUGGGUAGUAGAACCAGAUCGACUCCAAUCCGGGCUUGAUGUACUGCAGUUUCUGUACAAUCUCACUCUGCGUGAUUUGCUAAUUGCACGGUUCUAUGCUCGGACAUUGAACAUCGUCGUGCCCAAAAUGGUAAUGAACGAGAUUCUGCGCUCAGUGCGCCAAAUCUUCGACGAGUUCUCUAGUGAUCCAACAGCACAACUGCAAGAGUUGGCGAAUCAAAUAUUUCAAAACACCUCCCGCCCGAUGCGGACGCACAAGUCUAUGUCACUCGAGGAGUAUCUCUCCUCUUUCACCGGUCGCAACCUCCGGUGGGAGGCUCUUGGGUCUAUCCUCACUCUCUGCGGAAUGCAAUUGGCCAUUACGCCAGAUAACGAUCCUGACAUUACGCAGGGCUCGGAUGACCCUCGAGCAAAAGACCGCUUAUUAGAGCAGGUGACUGUGAUAAGUACAGUAUGCCUUGGCCUCUGUGACCAGGCAUCUUCGGCAAACGAAUUGCUGGCAAUGUUGCAAUUCAAUGAUGUUAUGUUACGAACACAGCAAUAUGGUGAUUCCAGUAAGACUUUCUUGAUUAUCCUGGUCCCAAAUUUAUUUACUGACCACCUGUUAGGCUAUCAAGCAUGGCGUCGAUUGGGCGACCUUGUAUCCACAAUUUACGCAGCUGGCCUACACUUGGAUACUAAUGGUACUGAGAGUUCUGAGAAUUGUCCAUUCUUUCUUCAUCAGUGGCGGAGGCGCUGCUUCGUUGGCGCCUUCUACAUGGAUAAAAUGAUAGCAACAUUUGUCGGACGACCACCCCUGAUGAAUGGUCGAUUCUGCACACUUGCUGCUCCAUUGGAUCUGAGCGACGAAGUUCUGGUUGCAGGCGGGGAUGUCCUCAGAAAGGCUAUUUCAGAGCUAGACAGUGCCGGGUGGAAUACUGAAGGGAAAAUACACCUAGUGACCCCAACUCGCCUCCGCUAUCAGCUGGGUAUCAUUCGGGAAGAAACCCUUGAGGUUGUACUGGGGACUUGCGAGCAACACGAUCUAAUUCAGAGGUCCGAAGAGAUCCAAGCAAAAUCCCGCGCCAUAUGGGCAGCUACUCCGGAUCAGCUUCGAUACGACCGGCGAUCGAAUGAUCAUUUUCAUGAUGCGUGGCUUACCAUUGUCUACUUUUAUUUGGACUAUCUAAUGACUUGCUUUUUGCUCUACCGAGCAGUCGUUAAGCAUACGAACACCGGCCAAGCCGAUCUUUGCGAUGUGUCUCGUCGGGUGCUAGCCAUUGUCAUUCAGAUUAAUUCAUUCCGAACCCCAAUGGUUGAUCUUGACCGGCACUUCUCUUGGAUAGUUCUCACAUACGGUGUUCCUUCUGCCAGCGUCCUUCUCCUUGAACUCCUGCGCCAAUCGCAUGAGCCCGGUCCACACGCUGUUCCUCUCCCGCGCGCUGAGUUGAUCCGCAACCUUAGCGUGUUUAUUUCUUUCCUAUCCUGGGUCGCCGGUCCCGGUCACGGCAACUAUCAUACCUGCAAACAAGCCGAGAAAAAGCUAUCUCGCAUUCUUGAUCAGCUACUCGAUCCAGAGCCCGUGCAGCAGCACGUGGUAGACGAUGUCACAACCGGGCUCGACAACUUCCUCAAUUGGUCGAACUACAAUACGAUCUGGGACUUUAACACCGAUUAUAUGCCUCCUGCCGAAGGCUUUGCUCUUUGA